UCACUGAAGGUGAAGAAAUACCGUUCAGACCACCGGAAGAAGAGAAAUUUAACUUUUUCCAAGAUGGUAAAACCAGAGUUGAUUUUGUUCUUGCUUGGGAAGAGCAAAAUGAAAAAACAAGAGGCAUGAGCAGCACCCAGAAGCCAAAAUUAUCAAAAAACGUGGUGCAGGACAUCAAAUGGAGAAAUAAAUUUGUGAAGAACCUUGGAAAAUGUGGCCUGCUGAUGGAAAUGUUGGACAAGCAGAUUGAGGACAAAUUGAUCCAUUACAUCUUGCUGAAUGCCCCAUGGGAUGUACUAUGCUGUCAAGCAGAAAAUAUGUGUCUGCACGUUCCACUGCAGCAAUCUGAAAGUUGUGGCACCAAUUGGUCACAGGCAAUACUCUCGAAGUUAAGAAUCCACAAUGUCAUGUAUGAAGAAGUCCCCAACACUCCACCAGAAUAUUACAGCAGUGUGUUCAGACUCUCCAAAUUAGAAAGGUACUUAAAUAAAGACAAUCAAGAGGAUUUCUUCUCUAACAUGCAAAGGCAUCAAAUAGUUUAUCAAAUAUUAGAAAACGCUACUUAUGGGCAUCGGAAAAAGUGCCAGAUUGGUAUUGAAAAUCUCUUAAGUCAGAACAUAUUCUCUGCUGCAUAUCCCCUUCAUGAUGGUUCACACAAGAGUGCGAGUGACGACAUCAAUCCGGAGAACCUCAGCCGCCGGCAGAUGCUUUACAAAUACUGGGCUUGUUGGAGCAAGUGGUACAAAUACCAACCACUGGACCACAUCCGGAAUUACUUUGGAGAGAAGAUUGCCUUUUACUUUGCAUGGAUUGGGUUUUACACAGCGUGGUUGUUACCAGCAGCAAUUAUUGGAACCCUAAUCUUCAUUGGUGGAAUCUACCUUGUGACAACUGACAUACCCUCAAAGGAAAUCUGUGAGGAAGGAUCCACUUACAACAUGUGUCCACUCUGUAAGAUCUGCAAGCCCUGGAACCUCAUCAGCAUAUGCAACACCUAUAAGUUAGGUCAUCUCUUUGAUCAUGUGGGCACCGUGAUCUUUAGUAUCUUCAUGUCGCUGUGGGCAGUAACAUUCCUUGAAUACUGGAAGAGGAAGACUGCAAUUCUGGCUUAUAGAUGGGAAUGCUUAAACUGUGACGAAACUGAGGAGCGCCCCAGGCCUUAUUUUACGGUCAUGGCUCCCAUGACUGCGAAGAACCCAAUCACAGGAGCGGUGGAACCCUUCUUUCCGAAGCAGGACAGGUUCCGACGAAUCUUUACGAGUUCGAUGGUGAUUUUGAUCUUGAUCAUUGUGGUGUUAAUGUUCGUGAUGUCCGUCAUUUUGUACCGCACUAUCAUAAGUAUCAUCAUGUAUGAGUCUGGAAACACCAUCAUCAGGGCAGUUGCUUCAAGGAUUGCCAGUUUCAGUGGAUCGAUAGUCAAUCUCUUAUGCAUUCUCAUCUUGGCUCGACUAUAUACAUAUCUAGCCCAUUUCCUAACCAAAUGGGAAAUGCACAGGACUCAGAGCAAGUAUGAAGAUGCAUAUAUCGUCAAGGUGUUUCUGUUUCAGUUCAUCAACUUCUACUCCUCGCCAAUCUACAUUGCUUUCUUCAAGGGCCGAUUUAUUGGUUAUCCUGGAGGCUAUAUAACACUGUUUGGGGUCAGAAACGAAGCUUGUGGACCUGGUGGCUGUCUGAUCGAACUGGCUCAGGAAUUACUUAUUAUCAUGGUUGGAAAGCAAUUAAUUAAUAAUAUGCAGGAGUUUAUCAUCCCGAAGAUUAAAGUUUGGUGGGAGAAGCAUAAAUGGAAGACUGCGGUCAAGGAUGAGGCCAAUCCAACACUUCAGCCCUGGGAGCAGGAUUACAGACUGCUGUACUGUGAAGGGCUCUUUGAAGAGUAUCUUGAGAUGGUCCUCCAGUUUGGAUUCAUCACCAUCUUCGUGGCUGCUUGCCCGCUGGCCCCUUUGUUUGCCCUUUUCAAUAACUGGGUGGAAACCCGCCUGGAUGCCAACAAGUUUAUCUGCAAGUAUCGGCGGCCGGUUGUGAAACAUGCAGAUGGGAUCGGAAUCUGGUUCAACAUCCUGGAGAUCAUCACCACGAUAGCAGUAAUUAGUAAUGCCUUUUUGAUAGCAUUCACGUCAGAUUUUCUGCCUCGCCUCUACUACAGCUACACUUACAGAAGUGACCUAACUGGCUACAUUAACUUCACCUUGGCAUACUCUCCCCCCAGUUUCAAGGACUUGAACCAGACCAUGUGCAGGUACAAGGAUUUCAGAGAUGACAACGGCCAGUUAACCUUAACCUAUUGGAACCUGAUGGCGAUACGUCUGGGCUUUGUCAUUGUGUUUGAGCACGUGGUGUUCUUCAUUGCACGAAUGAUCGACUUCCUGGUCCCAGAUGUGCCCGAGUCAGUAGAAUUAAAGGUGAAGAGAGAACAAUACAUGGCAAAGCAAGCGCUAUGUGAGAACAAGACUCUCCUGAAACGAGUCGAAUAUCUGGCUGGAUUUUGGAAGACAAAACCAAAAGAAGGAAAGAUUACCAAGGAUCCCAUCCCAGAGGAUAAAUUAGAUUAAUCCUCACCUCUCUUCCUCAUCCGUUUCAAAAGCACAACACUGCGGAUUUUACAGUUCAAACAAUUAUUACCAAGAAGUAACGCUGUCCUCAGCAAGCCGAGCAGCGUUUGUGGAGGGAGGAAAAGUUAAAGAUUUCAAGUUCAUCUUCAUGAGAAUUGGAGAGCAAGUGUCAAAAUGCAGAGAAUGGAAGAGGAAACAUGUGGAAUAUUGAAGGGAUUAAGAGAUUAAAGUUGGUAUAGGUGGGAUAAUAAUGAUGUUGCUUAAUUGAGAAUGUGUGUUUGGGGCCCUGGAUAUAGUAAGGGAGGUUAAAAAGGCCUGUAUUGCAUUUUCUAUUGGAGGUGUCGCCCAGUUAAUGAGGAAUGAACCAGUGUCCUGUGGGAAGUGCUUCUUUGGAAUGCAGGCGGAGAAGUGGAAGUGUUUGGGUGUGGAAUGACAUGGGAAGAGGCAAGGGAAGGGAAGGACAGAGAGAACACUUCUGGUUUUAUGCUGGGUGGGUGUUAAUGUUAAUUAGACAUGGGGGAGGAGGGUUAACUAUUGAUUGAGGGAAAAGGAAAAAAUUCAGAUAGGGCGAGUCAAGGGGUGGUGAUGGAGAAGUGAGAAUAUAAUUAUCACCUGACGUUUUCAAUGCUUCCAGUUUACAUACUGUCAAACAUAUCCCUUUCACCAUUUUAUAGGAACUAUGACUUCUGUCACCUCCUGGUCUUCACCUCAGGCACCAGUACCAUCUUUCUUCUUCCCAGGCAUCUGCUUUCCCAUGCAAGGACAAGAGAUGCAACACUUUCCCUUUUACCUUCUUUUCCACCAUCCAGAGCAACUGGACACUUCAGGAUUUAUUUGCGCUAGUUUCUGUUUGCUGCACUUUCACCAAUCAUAAUAUUAUUUGUGGCACAGCUGGUAUUGUUGCUGCCUCAUAAUGGCAGACACCCAGGUUCAAUCCUGGGCUCUGGAGCGGUCUAUGUGGAAUUUGCACGUUUUCCUUGUGACCAUGUGGGUUUCCAAUCAGGUGCUCCAGUUUCCACCCACCUCCCAAAAACAUGUUGGUUAAUGGGUUAAAUGUCCACUGUAAAUAGCUGCUAAUGUGUGCGUGAGCAGUGGAAUCUGGAGGGAAUCGAUGGGAAUGGGGGGGGCAGGGUGGAGUAAAUGGGUGCAUGAUGGUUAGCCUGGACUCAGUUUGUUUCUGUACUAUCUCUACUCAACUCUAUGACAAUCUCCCUGGGAAGACCAGUGACUGGGUGACAGCUUCGUAGAGUAACUCUGUUCAACCCACGUCGAGAUUGCCUAUAACUAGUUGUCCUUCCCACCUUCAAGCCCUGCCAUUAUCUUCCUCGAGGUUCUCCCUGAAUCUCAAAUAACUCAACACGAGGUGCAACAAUUUCAGCUAAUGAUUCUGCUGCUCUCAUGUAAUCAACUCUGCCUUGUGACUGCUCAGUCUUUUUUGUUCAGUUUAGAGAUACAGCAAGGAAACCAGCCCUUCGGCCCACCGAGUCUGUGCCGACCAGCCAUCACCCAUUCACUAAUUCUAUCCUACACACAAGGGACAAUCAGCUGGACACAACUCAAUGAGUCAGGUUGGUCCGACACUCCUCAGAUGUCACCCCAGAAUUUGUCUAGCACCUUGUCCUUGCCUUGACACACAACAGUGGUGUGCAUUGGGGAGGGAGUGGGGGAUGGGUGGUGAGGAAUUUCAGUCGAGCUGUUCCAGCACCACCUAUCCAGUUGCUCUUUUCUCUGCUUCCUUGGGGCUGGUUGUGGUGCAUUAAACAUCUGGCAGAUUACACAUUUGAUGGGCUGCAAUGCAAAACCCCUUAAAAUUCCAUAUCUAGACAUUGGCUGGGGUGAAGCCUGGAUGUCAGAAGAUUUUCUCGACUUCCUUACACACCUCCACUGACCUAAUGAAGGGGGAGCGCUCUCCCACACCGACAUGCAUCACAUCAACUGCUUCACAGCAGUGGAGACCAUUUGACAGUCCAUGCCAGUUCCCAGAACGAUUCCUUUUCCCGUGUAUUCCUAUGCUACUUAUUCUCUCAAGCAUGCCAAGCAAGACCCUACCCUGCACCCAUCCACCCACUGGGGUAAAAUCUAAAGCAGCCGAUAACCUUCCAACCUACACGUAUUUGGGAUGCGAGAGGAAACCAGAGCAUCUAGGAGAAACCCAAUGCAGUCACUGGGCGAAUGACAAACUCCACACAGACAGCACCGGAGGUCAAGACUGAACCUGGGUCACUGAAGCCGAGCCAACAGCUCCCCCUACAGGGCCGCACCUGCAGAAUUCAGACCCAAACUGGUCUCUCCUGCGAGCCCCUCCUAACCACAUGCAGAGCUUCCUUCCUCCAUUUAAUAUCAAUGGAGUGGCCCUGCCUGAAAAGUCACAGACAUUGUCUUCUAUUUUACCCAUAUAUUGACAUGGACAGGAAAAAUACCAAGAAAAUAUUUUUCAUGCUGCAAUAGUGAAAUGGUUUAUACAGCAACACUGUUAUUCCGCCACAUUCAGUGAUAGAAUGGCAGAUUUUCCUGACAUGUUGGAUAUGAAUACUCCCAAACACUUUUAAUUUGAUUUUAAUUUAGAUGUUACAUAGUUCAGAAGUACAAUAAAUUUUCCAGUGAAUCAGGAAGGUUAAGGGAGCACGGAACGAGGCGAGUUUCAAGGGCAUACAAGAACCAGGGUCCUAGUGUGUUAGAAAGUACAGGUACCCCAGUGUACCAGAGGGGUUACUGGAAAUGAGGCCCUGCUGCAUUGGAAGGAGCAAUGAAUCAGCACCCAAGUAGAUGCAGAUGCUAGUAUACAAAAAAAACAAAGUGCUGGAGUAACACUCAAAUGAGUCAGGACCCGAAAGAUCACCUAUCUGUGUUCUCCAGAGAUGCUGCCCGACCUGCUGAGUUUUUCCAGCACUUUUUUUUUACCUUUACAUACAGCCUUGAGGAUAAGCAUUUUACAGGAAGAGGAGUAAAUUAGAAGCCGUCCCAGAUUAAAUAAAAUACUUUGAUUGACGAACCAUUAUGCUGGAUGAACUGAUGAGUAAUUAUCAACAAUUACCAUCACUCCUCGCCUGAAAGCCCAGACAGAUUCAUUAAAAUGGGAAGGCUAAAUAUUUUAAUCUUCCAAAGAAAUUGCAAGCAUUUACUGACGUAAGUUUAGCAAUUGAAACCACUUCAAAGCAGUUUUGUCUCCGUAUUGUAAACAUAAAAUAGAAUUAGUCAUACAUGCUCAUGUUGAAGUUGUUGAGAUGUUGCUGCAUAAGGCAGUAUUAACCUACAGAGGAGCUCAGAUUUCAAACAUUUAAUUAAAAUGCUGGAAGAAUCAGAUUGAAAUGUGUUUGUAAUAAGUAUCAACUUAUUAAAAUACAAAAUACAACUAAUACCAUCAUAAUAAAGCAUGAGUCUAGAUGUCCAACUGUCACGUUAUUCACUUUAUCAUGUAUCUGUACACUGGGGAUGGCUCAAUUGUAAUAAUGCAUUGUGUUUCUGUUGACUGGUUAGCACGCAACAAAAGCUUUUCACUGUACCUCGGUACAGGUGCCAAUAAACUAAACUAAGCUAUUGAACACUUUUCUUUCCACACGCUUCAACUUGGCU